UUUAAAAUUAAACAAAAGUUAUACUUUUUUAGAUUUAUCUUUAGAUUUAAAGAUAAACUAAGAAAAUGUUUAAAGAACAAAUUGCUAUGUUAAUUGUGAUGCUAAGUAUGAGAUAUACUGUGGGGCAAACCAGUAUUUGGAGAUUCAACAACAACAACAACAACGACUAUAACGUAACACGUUUAAAUUUGUGGCAACGUUUUAUACCAGAACAACUGGCAGUGCCACUGAACAGAAUCCGAUGUCGUUCACCAUUUUUCCGACAUUUACGCACGUGUAGUAUGCUAAACAACCCACUACAAGCUAGAAGCCUUUCAAGAAUCACAAAACCUUAUUUAUGUCAAACGCGAGACAGGUGGACAACCAACAACAUCCCAGCUCACUCGAUAGGAAAGAGAUCAAUCAACCUUUGUACUGGUGGUGUAAGCAAGAGAGUGAUCACACUUGCACAAGAAGCAGCAAGACCUUCAGUGACAAGAGAACUAAUACAUGAUCCCACCGAACACCUUUAUCAAACAAUGCUUGUUGAACAUUGUGAACCAAAUUUUGGACCUGUCAGCGGGCUUUACUGUAGGAUGCAUAAAAUCGCAUUCAAGGCAGCAGUGUGGUCAGAAGACCCAAAUUCUGACGCAAUAGAAGUUCUAGAUGUCACAACAAAUGCAUACUGCGCGCUUGCGUGACGAUAAUGAUGAUGAACUUUUAAUGGAAAACUGAUGACGCCCGCCAUGGGAUUGCUUUUGUUUUUCGUAAUUAACUUAUAUUGUUGUGUAUAUUGCGUAAUUUGAGCGUAAAUGUUGAAAAUAAAAUUCCCAAUUUGCGUCAGCAUUGUA